AUGAUGGGGAAACUCCCCUUGGGGGUUGUCUCCCCUUAUGUGAAGAUGAGUUCGGGGGGCUGCACGGAUCCCCUGAAAUUCUAUGCCACCAGCUAUUGUACAGCCUAUGGUCGGGAGGAGUUCAAGCCCCGCGUGGGCAGUCACGAAGGCACAGGCUACAGAUCCAAUUACCGACCUGUGGUCUCCUACCAUGCCAGUCUCGAUGCCCUGGACAACCCAGCCAUGGGGGAACAGGUCCGCCACAAUUUCCAGUCAGUGACCAAUCAGAGUUACCGCCCCCUGGAGGUGCCUGAUGGCAAAUACCCACUGCCCUGGAACAUGCACCAAACCGACUCUGGCUACUCUCGGGAAAAGCCCAGCGCCACGACCCCUACUAAAGAGGUCAGGAAGGUCCAUUUUGAUACCCAGGACUAUGGGGCGCAGGCCAUCACAGGGCUGGAGCCCAAGAACAUGCCCCUGCUCCACCAGCAGCAGGGCAAGGGCUCGCUGGAGUGGGAGAACGCUGGACAUGGCCCGCGAUUCAUGACCUCUGAGUAUAACUCCAAGUAUCUCAAGGAGCCUCCCAACCAGCCAGAUCCCUUGCAGAAGAAAUCAAUUGGCGCCAAGGAAGAGACUGGCUUCACUGAAGAGUCCCCCAAGAACCCCAUUGUCUUCCAGCCGCCCUCCCAGACCCUCCUUGGGGACCCAGUCCUCCUACCUGGCAGGAGUGUCACCAGGUCCGACUUUCUCCCCAUGACCCACCCUCAUGGGGACGAGUUCCUGCCUGUGUUGGCCAGAGGAUCCAAGCGGGAGACGGGCUAUAGCCGAGUGAAUGAGAGGAUGCUGAACCUCAGGGUGUUGCCUUCAGGCCCAGAACCUAGCAGCAUGAGCCACCAGCAGUUCCAGCCCCCACAGCGGGUACAACAGACAAACAUUGCCCUGCUGGGCCGGGAGACCGUGGGGAACAAGGAGCCCACGGGGUACAGUCUUAACAACCGCAGCUACGUCCGGAGCCCCUAUGACCCCGACAUGGAUAAUCGGUACCUGAGCACCUACAACCAAGGGUACUUUGAGAAUAUCCCCAAGGGUCUGGACCGAGAAGGCUGGACUCGAGGUGGCAUCCAGCCUCAGAAGCCUGGCGGCUAUGCCCUCAACGAGCCAGUCACCCGCAUGGAGCCCACUCCCAACCGUAUGGAGAACCUUCGGCGCCUGCACCCCCACGUGGGCAGACCCCUGAUCUCUGCAGACCCCUUCUACCGAGCUGAGCCUCAUAGCAGCUGCUUCACAACACCAAACUGA